AUGUCGAACCAAACAGCGGCGGCGACUCCAACGUCGCCCAGUCGCAAACAACAACAACAACAACAACAGCAACAGCCAGGCUCGACUCGCGGAGGUCUAGCAGCCAUCGCAGGCAUUGCUUCACCCAAGUUCUCCUUCCGAUCCGCACUGGUGCAGCACAAAUCCAAGCUCACCAAGGCCGGUCCCGCCACAACGCACGAUGCGGAGGCCAAACCUGCGCGCGGUGUCGCGAGCAGCAUCCCUUCGCUCAGUCGAGGUCGGUUCAACUCCACCGAUGCUCCGUCCACAUCCACGCUGCCCAGACCCAAACCGGCAGCCACUAGCCCGGCCGCAUGCAGACCCGCGUCGUCGCUCGGAAAGCGCGGCGUCGACGAUUCCAGCUCCAUCACCGACUUUGGCGUUUACAAAGCCUCCACCACUAGCACACGCCUCGCAUCCACCAAAUCCAACACCCCCUCCGACUCGGCUGCAAAGACCGCCAAGCUCCGUGGUCCGCCCUCGGCUCGAACCCAGUGGGCACCUCCAGCACCCAAGACACUGCCCUCGCCGUCUUCGUCCAAGGCUCCACGCAAGAUCGCUCGUGCCGACGGCAUUGCUGAAGUGCACGCAGGCACUCAUGCCGCGGGCGCCAUCCCACGCAGUCGCACCAUGAGUGCGGCGUCUCGCACCAUCGCCGCGCCGCAAUCGCAGUCGCAGCUACACCGGCCGAAGAUCGGAACGCUGCCCAAGCCCAAAGCCAAGCCAGCACCCGUGCGGACGAUUCUGGACGAGCGCUACGAAAGCUCUGCAUCCGACACGGACGAAGACGCACAAAGCGACUGGGAUCAGCUCGACGGUCCCGAUGUCUCGAGGAUCCGCACCAAGCGCAGCAUGCAGCCUCGCCUCUCGGAUGGCGCCAGUGGGUCCAUCUCCACCACUCGGACUCAGACGCUCGGCGGAUCGCGUAUCCCCAGCAUCGGUUCAUCAAAUCGCACGCUCCCUCGUCCACACAGGCGCUCCUCGAGCAACAGUCUGCUCGGCAAGACCCCCACCGACGAGAAGGAAAACGCCUCAAUCCCGGCGCCAUCCCAUUCGAAACGUCAUAGCAUCAGCACGUCCAUCGAGGCUGCGCCCGCUCGCGCUCGUACCAGUCUGCCACUCUCUCCGGCGGACAACACGCCGAGCCCGUCCAAAUCGGCGUCGCUCUCGGCACUCCGGUCGCGCGGACUCCAGCCAGGGCCCGUGCAAUCCCUCCGACCCGCGCCUCGGCACGACCUCGGCAUCAAGAACUCCAUCAUCCAGGCCAACCCCGUCCAUCCGUCCAUCGCGGCUCUUCACGCCCAGACGGCGCCGCAUCAGCCCAUCAGCACACCCGAGGCGCUCGUCAAGGCCAAGAAACGCCUCAGCGGCGCGCUUUUCUCGUCGUCCUCGUCGUCGUUGACGCUCAACACCAUCGCGUCUACCUCGCCAUCCGAACGCGCGGGCAUGGCACAUUCACCCUCGCUCUCCAAGCUCCCCCAGGCGCACAAGAAGCCGGUCAAAGCGCAGACCGUGUCGGCGGCAGUGGUGACGCCGUCGCGCUCGAAGCAAAGUGGCAUGCCGCGCUCGGCGUCUCGCUCGCCCAUCAAGUCGUCGCUGCUCCUCUUUCCCUCUGUCCCCGAGCCCGACGCUGGGCCGAGCAGCGACGAGCACUGCACAACAUCACCGAGCAAGCAAGUCGUCACGGACAACGCGACGAGCGAGAUCGACGCGCACCUGCUGGCGAGCUUGCGCGUCGUGGCGCACAAGGCGAAUCUGCAGCUGAGCGAUCUGCUCGAUGCCGACUCGCAGAGGUACACGCGCGAGGCGUCCGAGGAGCUCGAGGCGCUGGCGGGCGAUGUGUCGGUGGACCUCAUGGCGCUGGAUCUGGCCGCCUCGCCCUCGUCCGAUGCUUCGAUGCUGCGCUCGCCUCUCAUCGCCCACACGCCACCGGCAGUACCGGCACAGCCGCAGCCCGACAUUCCGACUCCCUCGUGGGAACCCGCACCCGCGGUGGACGCGGCUCCGGAACUCGAAGGUGAGGAGACAGACACGUCGCUCGCCUCGCCGUCGGUGCGAGCUGCAGCGCGUCUUCCACUUUCAACCCCCGGCGCUGGCGACUGCGUUCCUGAAACGCCCGUGCGGCCACGCUUGCUUUCCGCUUCAAACGCCUCUCCACCGCUUGCAUCGCCGAGCAAGGCCUGUCCGCCGUCGGCGUCCAUGUCGGCGCGCUCGCGCACGCGCCUCAAAAAAGCGCUGCGCGAGUCGCUUGGGCUGGAAGCCCACUAUGCCGCGCUUAAUCUCGCUGCCCCCUCAACCGCGGCGCCGCUUCAUCCAAGCGCCUCGCGCAACGCCGAACGGGUUGCCGGACGCAGCAACCAAGGCGUUGGUGCGCUGCUCACCGACUCGGACCUGGACGACAUUGUGAGUGCGGUGGCACGCAUCGAUCUGCACCACGCUCAAGCCGACACACAUGAAGUGCGCCCUGCAGUCGAAGUGGGGGAGAUGGGGGAGGUGGCGGAGCUGCGUGCGGCCCAGACCGCCUUAACAACACAGCUAGCCCUCGCCGAGUCGCGCGAGUCGUCGCUGGCGGUGCAACUGGCUGAGCAGGCGAUGGCAGCGACACGCAUGCUGCGCGAGCACGAGCGGCUGCAAUCCGAGCUUGCCGCUCUCCGCGCCAGGGCUGCAGGGAUGGAGUGGGCGCAAGCCCAGACUGCCUGGUCGCGCGCGCGCGUCGAAGCACUCACCGAGCUGCAAGACGCCAAAGUAGAAGCCGACACCAUCAUGCUCCUCCAGGCGCAUCUCGGCAUUUGCCACCUUCUCGCCACCUAG